CACCCCGCCAUGGGGUGGUGCACAGGGUGCACGCCACUGCUUUGUGAAUCCCUCUAAGCCUUUUUGCUGCUGCGGCUCCUGGGGAAAUGAGGCCACUAGCCCGUCCCCAUUCCUAGCGGAGAAAGGGCCCCAAUGGACCAGCCGGCACCUGGGCUUGCAGCAGCGCUGGGUGCCUAUCAACCAGCCGCGCCCGCCCGGCCCGCUUGCGUCUACACCAGCUGCUACUGUGAAGAAAAUGUAUGGAAACUCUGUGAAUAUAUACGAAACCAGAAUCAAUACCCUUUAGAGGAAUUUUAUGCUGUUUUCAUUUCCAACAAUAGAAGGAUGGUACCACUUUGGAAGCAACAGGCAGGAUGUGCAGAUCAACCUGUGAUUUGGGAUUAUCAUGUGGUUUUGCUCCAUGUGACUAGUGGCGCUCAGAACUUCAUUUAUGACCUUGACACUGUGCUCCCUUUCCCCUGCCCCUUCGAUCUCUACAUUGAAGAAGCUUUUAAAUCAGACAGCAUUAUUAAUCCGGAAUUUCGAAGGAAAGUCAGAUUGGUUCGCGCUGAUGUGUAUCUGAAGACGUUUGCUUCUGACCGCUCCCACAUGAAGAACGCCAGCGGGGACUGGCUGAAGCCGCCUCCUGCAUACCCGUGCAUUGAAACGGCAGAUGUGAAGAUGAACUUGGAUGACUUCAUCAGUAUGAAACCAGAUGUGGGAUGGGGAUCUGUGCUUCCACUCCCAGAAUUUGUGCAGGGAUUUGGCAACCAGUACUGAUUUCAGCUUACUUUGAAGGAUAAUAAAGUAAUUAAAGUUGAGACAUCAGUUUCAUGAUCUUUGUCAUUCUAUGUAUUGAUGGUUUUAAAGCUGGAAUAAUUUUACUGCAUUUCAGGGAACUAAAAAGCAUAUAUUGAAUGGAAUAAAAUAUAUAUUUAAAAUACUUUGCAAGGAUUAAAAAGAUAAUCAUAAAGA